UGUUUUCCUAUGUGUUGAUCUGUUUUGAAUGACAACAACCACAAAACAAGCUAAACCAGUCUGGUGUGUCAUGAAAGUAACUCAAUGCUCAAUUGCAUAAGUACACAAACAAGGACCAAGUCAAAGGUGGAAAACGCAACACAAUGGCAGGGAGAGAUGGAAUUUGCUACCUGCAUCUUAUUGGUCUCUGCGAGGAAGAUGGUGCCAGUGCAAUUUGUGAUAAAGUUCAUAGCAGCAUGCCUUACCAGUGGCAGAGCCAGAGUCAGAAUCAGUGGAUCCCUCUGCCAGACAAUGAGGAAAUAGAGCAUGACUACUGCAACCCAGCAAAAACAAAACAUGUCGGAAACUUACGUGUGGACUUUGACACAAUGACCUGUGGAUUAGAAAACAUUCAACGAAUUUCUACAAGUACCUCAGCACUCUCAUCUGAACUCUCAUCUGCACUCUCAUCUGAACUCUCAUCACUCAUCACAAAAUGGGUUUGGUACUGGGAAGAGGCGGAGGGAACAUGGAAAGAGUUUGGACCAUUGGCUGGUGAGUCCUCAUCAAUCACGAGUGAUGAACUGGAGAGGCGAUAUCUCAGUGGUGAAACGACAGUAGCAUUUACAGCUGGAUCUAAUCAAUAUGAGCUGAGUUUUUUAGAAAUGCUUCAAACAAAUGUCAGUACCCAAACACAGAGGUUCAUGAGAAGACGACCAGUGUUCAUUUCAAAAGCAGACGUCCGGAGGACCCGUGAAAUAUACUGCAGCAAAGCACAACCAAAUAUUCCACUGUCUUUGCCGGAUUACUGGGACCCUCAUCAGUUGCCUGGAAUUGGAUAUGAGAGAAUCAAAUUGAACUCAGUAUCUACUGAAUACAUCGAGGUUCUCAAUUCUUUUGACAGAACCAUGGAAGGGUAUAACAUUCUUAACAUUGAGAGAAUUCAAAAUCUGACAUUAUGGAAAUUUUUCAAUUUGCAGAAGGAUGAUAUGAAAAUCAAAUCUGGGAGGGAUGUCGCUGAGAGGCUACUCUUCCAUGGCACUAAAGCAAGAUAUGUGGAUGCCAUCUGCAACGAAAACAUAGAUUGGAGGAUAAAUGGGGAGAAUGGAACUAGAUAUGGUAAAGGAUCUUAUUUUGCCAGAGAUGCCAAGUAUUCUAAUAAAUUCACCGAUAAGCAAGGAAAGCGAUCCAUGUUCAUGUGCCGGAUAUUGGUGGGAGACUUCACCGCAGGACGACCAGAUUACAUCGUGCCACCAUACAAAGAUGAACAGCUUGUAGCCUUUGAUAGCUGUGUUGACAAGGUGGUCAAUCCCAGUUUAUUUGUCAUUUUUGAGAAGAACCAGAUUUACCCUGAGUACCUCAUUCAGUAUGAAGAACCCGUAGUUCAGAUUCAACCUAAUGCUGUACCUGAGACAGGUAGAUGUGGCUGCUGUGGGUACUGUCUGUAUUAUGUCUUUUGCUGCUGCUGCUGUGAUGAUUAACGUAUGUCCUAAAAGCUACAUAACUUCCUUGAAAGAGAAGGAAGCUUAUAUAUCCAUCCACUUGUAAAGCAGGGUAUUUUCCAUCGUUGAACCUGGUUUUCUAGGAUAACAUUUGUAAGACGGGGGAGACGACCUCACAGCUGGACACUCCUUUGUGUUCAGGUGAUCUGUUUGCAUUUGACUGUCUCCAUUGUGUGUGGACCACCAUUUGGUCCAGAGCUCUCGGCUCCAUGCCAGGCACGCCUUCAUUUUUCUCUCCACGUUUCUAGGAAACUAAUGCUGAAAACUGAAAUAUCUGUUUCAUGACAAAUGAUAAUACAUCCAUGUUUGGUCUUGAAUUAAUACUUGUAAUGUGGGCAACAGCCUGAUAACGGUUUCAUUGCAAUCUAAUGUAUUUGUACAUAGUUACAUUAUACAGUUUUAGACGCCACACCCACUUUCAGGUAAAGAAGUCCUGCUGAGUCGGGGGUGGCUGGAUGAAUGAAAAGAGAAGCUCUUGCAGUCAUUCACUCUCUUCUUCUCUAUCUGGGCUCUGGGCAAGAGGUCACUCUGAUCUCUGGUCCCCCCCCUCUCUCUCUCUCUCUCCCUUUCCCUUCCUCUCUCUUUCUUUGUCUCUUUAUGGUUUGUUAUUUUCAUUAUUUACAUUGUUUUAUCUGGUAUAUGUAGCCUUGUAACUUGGUAACUUGUUAAGGUUUCAGUCCAAGUUUAUUGUUUGUUUUGAGGUUAAGUUUACUUUCUCCUUUGUUUAAGGAUAAUUACUGGUAUUACUUUACUUUUACAUUCAAAGGGUCAAUGCCUAAUAAAUGGUUAAUUCUCCUCGCUCAGUUUGCACAUCUCUAAAGUCUAGUGUGCCAUUCCAUACUCUGCCAUAGUUACUGUAACAAACCAGUUAUUUGGUAAUUUAUUAGAGGUACAAUAUUCAUCUUAUGGAGUCAGAUAAAUUGUGGUUUAUUCCUAAUAACAUUGCCAUUUAACUCCACAUGACUACUGAUCCAUUGUUCUUCACGCAUGUAAAGGGAAAACGUCCGACGUGUUUGUGUAGCGCGUUUGGGACUGUUUUUGCACCUUUUACACACUGACAGAAGAGGUGGUAAACCAGAAUUGCAAAUUGGAAAAAUUGUCCAACAGCACAAAGCCUUUGUAUCUUUUUCAAUGUAAUUAAACAUUAUCAUGCCCGUCACUGAAUUUUUAACUUGCCACUGUAUGUCUGCUUCCAUGUGUACUGUGUGUACUGUAUGUGUAAAGGUCAACAAUGUUUAAUGCAAUAAUAAAUA